UGUCUCAGAAAUGAUGUGGAGCUCCUUCGAUUUGAGUGUCAUCAAUAUUUUGUGGUGUUUUCUGGCUUCGUGUUUCUUUGUGGCUUUUUGUGCACACAAAGUGUCUCCGAGAAAAUACGAAACAUGUCGAGUUCACGCGAUAUUUCAGGAUCUUAUUCGAUACGGAAAAACAAAACAAAACCUCAAACGAGACGAAUGGAUGCGAAUGUUGGACGUCCCGAAGAGGUGGUUCUGGCACUUCUACGCCGUCUCUGUCGGCUGGAAUGGUUUUCUUCUCCUCUUGUACCUUAACUUCAUCUAUCAGCAUCAGUCAUAUCCAUCAUGGCUGAUUUGGAUAUUAGACGUUUUGACAGGUGUGCCCAGCGCCGACAGCCAAGUCCCACAGCUGUCCACUCUGCUGGUGCAGCUGCUGCUCUGUGUCCACUCCCUCAGGAGGCUGCUGGAGUGCCUGUUUGUCAGCGUUUUCUCUGACGGAGCCAUGCAUUUGGUGCAGUAUGUGUUCGGUUUGGGGUAUUACGUCAUUCUGGGGUUGACGGUGCUCUGCUCGGAUCGCAUGGGAAAAGGGACUGGUGCCCUCGUCUCUCAGCUGGACUGGCUUCAUGUAGCUGGAUUUCUGCUUUUCACUGGGGCCUCAUUGCUGCAGCAUCACUCUAUGGUCCUGCUGGCCGGGCUUCGCACUGGAAAGUCGGGAACAGUGGAGACGUUUGCUCACAGAGUUCCAAACGGAGGCGGCUUCGAGCUGGUUUCAUGCCCACAUUACUUUGCUGAGCUGCUGAUCUACGUCUCACUGAGCUUUGUCUUCAGCGGUGUCUCUUUGACCUGGUGGCUUGUGGUCCUUUAUGUGCUCUUUAACCAGGCACUGGCAGGACAGCUUUGUCAUGACCUUUACAUCAGCAAAUAUGAUUCAUACCCAAGACAUAGAAGAGCAUUUAUACCUUUCGUGCUCUGAAUGCUCUGGUGUCACUGUCUGUCAUGGUAAAGUCCCACCAUGUCCAUAGAUGUCUGAGGAGCUGAAGGUGUAGGAGUGAAAGCCACCUCUUUGACAGCUCCUCUCAACCAAACAGCUGCUCAGAGGCGAACAGGGCAGCUCUGGCUGUGCAAGUGUGAAUGUGAAUUCUGGAGGAAGUCUUUACAGGUGAUAUGAGAGCUGUUUCUGACAGACUGAUGUGAAGGUACUAUGAGGAACAUCACCCACAUGAACUUGUUUGUUACAGGGUGAACUUGCUUUUGCUAUAACAAAAUGCUUUAAUGUUGUUUAUUAUUAUUGUAUAUGGAAUUAUUGUGUUGUAACUGAACUUUAAUGGGUUUUUUUUUAUUUAAAAAAGCACCUUUCAAAGCAUAAAAAGAGAUUGAGGUUAAAGAGAAAUUGAGGUUUUGACUGAAUGUUUUUCUUGUUUGGUCUCUAUCAAAGCAUAUUAGCUUAUUUUGUGCAACAAAAGUUUUAUUUCUAAACCAAUGAAGUGGUUGCACGAUUGUUUUAAGUAAUAAACACUGCCAUUAUUUUUGAAAAA